UUACUUGGUGUGCGACACUGAUGCGUACGCACAAGUGAACGUUCGUUGGAUAGUUUACACGCUUCCCUCGGCAAUAUUCGGUCAUCAUCGGUGUAUCUCGAUACCACUCAUUUAAGCUGUCGGGCGUCGGCUUGUAAUCAACUACGGCUACUACCGAGAUUCUAUUGACGAGUCGAUAGAAUGAAUUACGGGAAGAAGUCUCCUAGCAUGGGUACGCCAUCGGUGUAUUCACAUGUCACUACGCGUAGUAGUGCAAACUUAAGAUCUUCGCGAUCGGCGCGUAGCGUUAAAACACCCUGGUACCAGAAACCAAUUUUGACGCACGCUUACAUACUCGACAUUCAAAGAGGCGCUAUGUUUACCGCAAUAUUUUCAUUGGGUUUAGCUAUUUUCACCAUUUGUACAUCGAUAUUCGAUCUUUAUUGCCUUUCUCAAGCUGCACCAGGUUCGACGCAUUACGGCUAUUACAUAAUAUCGUAUGAAUUUGUAUACGUGGGUAACCAACACGUUCGCAAUGCCCUUGUAGUGUUUGCUUUAUUCUCAAUGCUUGGUGGAAUGGUUAUUUUUGCGACAUCCCUGAUGCUGAUAACUGCUUUGCGAAAGGAAUACGAACGGAAGAUGUUGCCUUGGUUGUAUAGUUUUGCUACUUUUACUCUUUUUAGAUUGUUUGCUUUUGUAUUCUUUAGUUCGGUAAACGACAUGAUAUUUGCCUAUAAUAUCAUGAUGUGUUUUUUGUGGACUGUAUUCCUUUGUUUUUCCAUCUAUGGAUGGUUAAUCGUGUAUUCUCUGUACGUGGAAUUGAGCGAUCUCACAAGAUUGGAAGACCUCGCUCAUCUGAGGAUCGGUACAAUGCAGUCCUUGAACGCGUCUACCACGCAAUCUAUCGCUGGUUCUCGGCCGACAACUCCUCAUAGCGCGGUAUCUACAAUGCCGGCUAAUUAAAAGAAAGAUUUCGACGAUCGUUCAUUAUUCGUCUACGAAAGAGAAAGUAUUUCUGCGUAUUCGGUACGAAAGAGAAAACUCCAGGCCCAUCUGAAACAUGAAAACUGAAAACUAAAGGUAGUAGUACAGGCCGCUCGCUUUCCCUGUAUUUUACCGUUAACGCAGUAAAUGUUGAGUACCGCCGCACUGGAUGGUUGUUGUCUGAUACGAACGUGCCGUACGGACAUUAUGAAAUGCGACAGAUAAACACGACCGUACGUUAUUUUCGCUGGAAUUGUGACACUGCCUUAGCGUUUACUCGAAUCCGUCCAUUUCUAUUGAAAUCCGUCCAAAGUAAGUAUUUACAUGCCUGGGUGAAUGCGUUUUACGCGACUCGUAGCUAAAGUAAUAAGAAACAACGCGGGUGUGUUUAUUGUAAAAAAUAAGAUACUGUAUUCUAGAGAAACUAGAAAUAGAUAUUAAUUCUUUUAUAUACAUAUAAUAUAAUAAUUUUCAUAGUUAUAUUUCUUUACUUCCAUCUUGUAUCGAAUAUAUCUGCUUAUGCGUAUACAUUUUAUUCCGUACACGAUUCCCUUUUUAUUUCUCGUCAAUUCUUAAUUUACACGAUUCACCGUCCCGGAAAUCCUUGAAGUAUAAACAUGAGAUUUUGCUUCACUUGUAUCUCCUGCACAAUCGAAAAACGAUUUGCACGAUUUUCGGACUAGGUACGUACUACACUCGUAUCUACAGUUUGGUCUAAUUAUUAUUCGUCUGAAUUUCAACAUCGGAUACAGGUAACGCGCGCGAUAAUAUUAUUUGAAGAACGAAAUUAAACAAUGAUGGAAUUACUUUGAUCACGGAAAAAUCCGUGUACCUCUGAUUAAGAUUCGAAGAAUCUACAGCGUCGAUGAAUCGAUCUGUAGUGGUUGAUUUAAUUGUUCGGUGGAUAUCGAAACCGUGGUAGCUUCUUCUGACGAGUAGGUCACUAAAUAGGAAAGAAAUCCUACUGCGCUCCCGAGAAGCAUUAAAAAGAAUAUACCGACCGCUAUGAGUACGUGCCAUACUAUGCCGAAUGUGGCAGUCAACGUGUACAUAGCGAUGGCAAGACACAUCACUCGUCAAAAUUGUUUGUCUUUCUCAAUGACAUCUACAAUAGAAGUAUUUUCUAUAGAAAUAAGAAGUGUUCGACAGGUAAUUUUAACCCCAAAUUCGAAUUGAUCUUGAUCGGAUAACUUCACGAGGUACAAUCGGAUAUGAUGUUAUCUACGAAUUGUACGAUAGAAUAUAUCACAAGUGUAAGUGCGUAUGCUUGACAGAAAUCAAUCAAGAUUCUUCAUCGAGUUUAGGAUGUUUUAAAAGUUUCUUUUACAUGUAUCGAUAACAAGCGUAGGAAUCGAUCGGUUCAGAGGUUACGCGUAACUUUGGCAAAACGCCGAUUUUGACUAAUCCAUUAAGUUAUCGAGUAAUCGAUCCAUUAGGUAAUUUUCUUUGUCGAACGUUUGAUUUUUGCCCGCAAGACAAUCGUUGAAAUGCGAAACACGACGUAUCUUGUGACGUAUGUACUCGUUAAAGUUGUUGUUGUACGACAUUCCAAGUAUCUACGUACUUAUGUAAGUAGCCAAAACGGUUGGCGAGGGGCGGGCCGCGUGGGUGAGCGGGCCUGGGAGGGAUAAUAAAAACAAUAGCAAUCUAGAGGAAAGAGAUGACGCACAAGGAGGAAAUGUUGGAAGAAUCGAUGGUGAAGCGACUCGAGAAUCUACCGAAUCGAAAAAUGCGAGGUUAAAGGAAUAAAUCGAGACGAAUCGUUUUCCGUAAAAAAGAAGUUUCUUUUAUUAAAAAUACAAGCGUACAAUACAAGAAACGUACGCGUGCAAACGCGACUGAAAUUGAACGCUGUUUGCGCGGUAAAUUGUUAAUUGUUCUAUGAGCAUACUCAUGCGUGAAAGCAUGAAAUGAAAUACGAACAGAGAGAG